AUGCGACUGGGGAACCACGGUCUUGAUGCUGCAAUGCGACUAGCCGAAGGUCACUGUCCAUGGUGGCAUGUUGCCAACCUACCAUUUCAGUUUAUCUGUGUCUUGCUGGCCAUUGACACAAGAGAGUCGCUGUCACACAUUGGUCCCGCGCUACGUUCGUUCAGAUCCGUCACCAGGCUUUACAAUACGCCUAGUAUCCACACGGCGCUGGAGACAAUAGAAUCGCUGGUUUGUCACUUCCAAACUAAAAAGCAACGGGACUCGGUCAUUCUCAGAGACAGUCCUGCAACAAAGGGAUGGAAGACUGACUGA